AUCCAAUAUUAAAUAGUAAAUACUCACCAGAAACCUGAAUUCGAGUUUGCUUUGAGGACUGAACUGGGGGAGGCCGUAAAGACCAAAACAUAAGACAUUCGACAAGUACUCUCAUCUCAGCUUCUGUCUGAAUCUCCGAUAGAAUGGCUACGACAGGUUAUGUGGAUGAUGAGAAUUGCCUUGGAUAUGCAGCUAGGGAUCCUUCGGGAUUCUUAUCGCCUUACAAGUUCAACCGCAGGGCAGUGGGGAAUUGCGAUGUAUCAUUGAAAAUUACACACUGUGGUGUUUGUUAUGCGGAUGUCAUGUGGACAAGAAAUAUGUCUAAACAUUCAAAGUAUCCACUUGUUCCUGGCCAUGAGAUAGUUGGAAUUGUAAGAGAAGUUGGUUCCGGUGUCCAACGUUUCAAAGUUGGUGACUGUGUUGGAGUUGGAACAUAUGUGAACUCCUGCAGAGACUGCGAGUACUGUGACGACGGCUUAGAAGUUCACUGCUCUAAGGGUUCUGUCUUCACAUUUGAUGGUAUCGAUCAUGAUGGUACCAUCACUAAAGGAGGGUAUUCCACCCAUAUAGUUGUCCAUGAAAGGUACUGUUUUAGGAUACCUGAGAACUACCCUCCGGCAUCAGCAGCGCCUUUGCUGUGUGCUGGUAUAACUGUUUACACUCCCAUGAUUCGCCAUAACAUGAAUAAGCCUGGUAAGUCUCUAGGGGUGAUAGGACUAGGUGGAUUAGGUCAUUUGGCCGUCAAAUUUGGGAAAGCUUUUGGGAUGAUUGUAACAGUAUUCAGCACAAGUUUAUCCAAAAAGGAGGAAGCUUUAAAUCUUCUUGGUGCUGACAAUUUCGUGUUAUCUUCCAAUGAAAAGGAGAUGAAGGGUCUGCUUAAUUCACUAGACUUUAUAAUUAACACUGCAUCCGGAGAUAUUCCUUUCGAUCAGUACUUAUCUCUUCUCAAGACAGGGGGUGUCCUUUCCUUAGUGGGUUUCCCUAGCGAAGUUAAAUUUGUUCCAGCAAGUCUUAAUCUAGGCAUGAAAACCAUUUCUGGGAGUCUCACCGGUGGUACAAAACAGACGCAAGAAAUGCUGGAUUUCUGUGCUGCCAAAGGAAUUCACCCAAAUAUAGAAUCUAUUCCGAUUCAAGAUAUAAAUGACGCGCUUGAGAGGUUGAUAAACAGGGAUGUGAAGUACCGAUUUGUGAUUGAUAUCGAGAACUCCCUCAAGUGACACGGUGGUAGAAAAAAAUCAAGAGAGUGAUGUAUUACAUGCCCUGGAUCGAAGCAGCAUUCUCAGUUCUCCUGAUCUUCAGUUCUCCGAUGACUCUUGCCAGUCUCCAAACUCCCUUUGAUAUGAUAUUUUUCUACAUAAUAAUCUAUGAAGUUUAUGCUUAGUUAGACAGAUGGUUUUAUUUUCAUGACGAUAAAAAGCAUACAGAGUACUAAGCGUGUAAAGAAAAAUCCUAGUGUGUUCUAUUGCCAGAAUAAAAUAAUUAAAAAUCGGGAUUACAAUAAUGAAUAUGUAUUUUCUUUGGAAAUAAAUAAAAUGAAGCUAUAGGUU